AGCAUUAUGGGAUGUGGUAUUUAUAUCCCUGGCGUUGUGGCGAUCGAACGUAUGUGUCGAUCGUAAUAUUUAUCGGAUUUGGGGACAUAUUAUGGAAAUAAGGACAAUGGGGGAACGCGUUUUUGCUGCCGAAUGCAUACAGAAGAAGCGUAUACGGAGGGGAAAAGUCGAGUUCUUCGUCAAGUGGAAAGGCUGGUCACCUAAGUACAACACGUGGGAGCCGGAGGAAAACAUCCUGGACGCUCGCCUCAUCCAGGCUUUCAACUCUCAGUACGAAAAAGAGAACCAUGUACGACGAAGGGGACCAAAACCUAAGAAGAUGCGACUGCAGGAGUCGGACGACUCGGAUCAGCGACGACAAGACAGUUCCGAGUUCUCGGCCGCGGAUAGCGACAAGGAUCCCCAUAGCGACGACGAUACAGACGACUCAAGCUCGGAAGAAAUCUCGUUCAAGAUAUCAGACAGGAAGAGUCCGAUGUCUUCCCACCAUGGAGAUGGCGCUUCAAACUCCGUGUUGGCUGAUGGCGAUCUUGCACUGUCCAAGGAAGCUACGGAUUCGUCCCAAAACAAUGAUUCGUUCAACUCGCUGUCAAGUGGGCACGGAUUCUCCCCGCCCGACGGCUCUCAUUCACCUCCCCCUCCCCAACUGAUCCCUAUCAAACGGCCGCGGGGUCGUCCCCGCGGGCGUCCGCCUCUGUCCGGAAGAGGCGGCCCACCAACACUGAGGCUCAAUGUUGGCGUCAUUCGUGGUCGUGGCCGUGGGCGAGGGCGUGGCUCUCCUGGUAGAGGGCGUGGUCGUGGCCGUCCUCCUCUCGGAGGAAGGGGACGUGGUUUAUCCGGGAGGGGAAGGGUGUCCCGUGGGAGGGGGCUAGGUAGGGGAUUACGAGGUGUUGGAAGAAACACUGUCAUCAGAAAGCCGAACUCGAGCUUAUUAGCGCUGACUAAUAAACCAAAAGUCAAGAAAAUCCACGAAGGACAAAUGAAAAUUAAAGAUAUGGACUUUUCCAAAUCUAAAAAGAUUGAGACCGGUAUGUUUCUGAAGGACAGGAAAGAAAACAUGCAAGGUGUUAGUAUUCUUGAGAAGGAAUCUCGACAUGAGUCGGGCAAAUCUAUCCAUUUUUCGCAACCUGUGGAGCAAAGAGACUACUGGCGUCCUCCUUCUGACGUCAAAACAAUGCUGGAUCACGUGAUGGUGACGGAUGUUACUACAACAGGAGGGACAGUUACAGUGCGCGAAUCUUCAUCCAAUUCCGGAUUUUUCCAGGAGAGAGAUGGCGAGAAUUCUGUCGAACAAGCAUAAACAAUGCACGACGCAUGUAUUAGUUGUCUGUCUGAUCACUCAGCACUGUUGUGGAAGGUGUUGUGUGAAUGGUAUUAUUAAGUUAAUUAAUUUCAUAUGAUCGCCAUCUUCUGCUCAGAAGCAAUUGCUUUACACAAAGGAGCCGCCCAGACAUACUGGUAAAGGCCUAGGAGGACACAGGGAUAGUAUGUAUACACACCAUAUACUGUAUAGUGAUACAGUCCUUAACCAGUGUGUGUAGGUGCUAUUCCUCCUCUGUCUGUACCAGUGUGUGUACGUUCUAUUUAUCUGUCUCCUCUGUCUGUACCAGUUUGUGUAUGUGCUAUUCCUCCUCUGUCUGUACCAGUGUGUGUACGUGCUAUUCCUCCUCUGUCUGCACCAGUGUGUGUACGUGCUAUUCCUCUGUCUACCAGUGUGUGUACGUGCUAUUACUCCUCUGUCUACCAGUGUGUGUCCGUGCUAUUUCUCUGUCCCGUCUGUCUGUACCAGUGUGUGUACGUGCUAUUCCUCUGUCCCGUCUGUCUGUACCAGUGUGUGUACGUGCUACUCCUGUCUGUACCAGUGUGUGUACGUGCUAUUCCUCUGUCUACCAGUGUGUGUACGUGCUAUUACUCCGUCUCCUCUGUCUGUACCAGUGUGUGUACGUGCUAUUCCUCUGUCCCGUCUGUCUGUACCAGUGUGUGUACGUGCUACUCCUGUCUAUACCAGUGUGUGUACGUGCUACUCCUGUCUGUCCCAGUGUGUACGUGCUAUUAAUAUGUCUGUACCAGUGUGUGUACGUGCUACUCCUGUCUGUACCAGUGUGUACGUGCUAUUAAUAUGUCUGUACCGAUGUGUGUACGUGCUAUUCCUCUGUCCCGUCUGUCUGUACCAGUGUAUGUACGUUCUCUUUAUCUGUCCCCUCUGUCUGUACCAGUGUAUGUACGUUCUAUUUAUCUGUCCCGUCUGUCUGUACCAGUGUGUGUACGUGCUAUUCCUCCUCUGUCUACCAGUGUGUGUACGUGCUAUUACUCCGUCUCCUCUGUCUGUACCAGUGUAUGUACGUUCUAUUUAUCUGUCGCCUCUGUCUGUACCAGUGUAUGUACGUUCUAUUUAUCUGUCCCCUCUGUCUGUACUAGUGUAUGUACGUUCUAUUUCUCUGUCCCCUCUGUCUGUACCAGUGUAUGUACGUGCUAUUACUCCGUCUCCUCUGUCUGUACUAGUGUAUGUACGUUCUAUUUAUCUGUCCCGUCUGUCUGUACCAGUGUAUGUACGUUCUAUUUAUCUGUCGCCUCUGUCUGUACCAGUGUAUGUACGUUCUAUUUAUCUGUCUCCUCUGUCUGUACCAGUGUAUGUACGUUCUAUUUAUCUGUCCCCUCUGUCUGUACCAGUGUAUGUACGUGCUAUUACUCCGUCUCCUCUGUCUGUACCAGUUUGUGUAUGUGCUAUUCCUCCUCUGUCUGUACUAGUGUGUGUACGUUCUAUUUCUCUGUCUGUACCAGUGUGUGUACGUGCUAUUAAUAUGUCUGUACCAGGGUGUGUACGUGCUAUUAAUAUGUCUGUACCAGUGGGUGUACGUGCUAUUAAUAUGUCUGUACCAGUGUGUGUACGUGCUAUUAAUAGGUCUGUACCAGUGUGUGUACGUGCUAUUAAUAUGUCUGUAGCAGUGUGUGUACGUGCUAUUGAUAUGUCUGUACCAGUGUGUGUACGUGCUAUUAAUAUGUCUGUACCAGUGUGUGUACGUGCUAUUUCUCUGUCCCCUCUGUCUGUACCAGUGUGUGUACGUGCUAUUUCUCUGUCCGUACCAGUGUGUGUACGUGCUAUUACUCUGUCCCCUCUGUCUGUACCAGUGUGUGUGGUCGGUGUGAUUUAACAUAUUCAUCUUGUUGACUUAUCGUGAUUUCACUCCAAAUGACUUGAAUAUUGUGGUAGAGUAGGUGUAACAAUGGAGGUGUACUGUUGGCGUUACGUGGUGUAGAUAUACAGUAUACUGACAAAUGUUUUACGAUAUCAAAUAUAAGGACAUUAUGUUGGAUAUAAAAUGUUGUACAAUAUAAAAUUGAAGACCAGC